GAAUGAUACGCAAAGCUUUGGCCCUGGAAACAACAGGCGAGGUCGCACGCCCCAUGUUCUUCAAGUUAUUGUCCGUCAACACAACCCCUUGUUCUCUCUCUACUAUGACCUAUGUUCCGAGACACUCGCAGUAGCCGUUGUCCUCUCCACGACUCACUCCUGACUCGGCGACGGAUAGCUUCACUAUGUCGCAAAUGUCUGACAACUCAUCGGACGUGGCGAAUGAUCGACAAUACUUCGUGCCUACGCACGGCACAUACAUUGUCGUUCAGCUAGCUCCUAUCAACAUGGUCCAACCGCUAGGUGACCCUGACUUAACUGCUGCUGCUCAGAUCUUGCAGCCGAAAAAAUACAUCGCUUAUGUAUUCCAGACUUUGGAUUUACCGCUUCCAAGAAGACCGGACCACAAGUGUCGCAUUGCCCUCGUUGGUAGAGGCUUAUGUCGACAGGACGACGAAGAGUGCAUUGACGCAGCCAUGUGUGUGCCGAUUCUGCCAGCGACUGAACACCCGCUGUCGCGGACACCAGUUCCUACUACCCCUCCCUUUCGCUUUCCAGGCUGCUACCAACACAGCAUAGCUAUGCCGGUUGUCCGCAUCCAGACCAAGCUAUUUUACGACCACACGAACGCUACGUUCAUACCCCCGUACGACAGGUUUCCUGUCAAACUCUAUCUCAACGAAGACCACCAAAUACGGGAUGCCCGACUAGCAGCGAGGGUACAAGCAGACGCCCAACUGCUGCCGUCGGAUGAUGCCCCCAAGACUCAUCUCCAGAGCGUACACGCAGCAUCGAUCUCGUUGGCGCGUGAGUCAGACCGGACGGGCUUGCUGGCUGCUCCAGUGGACACUAUACCAGCAGGCACCGCACAAACUCAGACUGGUACUGACGCGCUCGAUGGCGAGCCUCGGACGUCGAACGGCAAAGCAGACGCGCGGCACGAUGACAAUUCCGCUGACACGUCAAGGCCAGAGCCUGCGGCACUGCAGUUCACAACCAGCGACUCGAAAACCGGUCUUGCGGACGAGGCGUCGUGUCUUGCAGCGCAUGUGCACCAGUCCAAAGCCGACGAAGCAGCUCUCCCGCCUGACACACCCGCCGGCGUGGAUACCGCCGAACUCGCUCAUCGCAAUGCGGAGAGCGUUGGCAGGCAGUCACUAUCUGACUCGCAACAGCAUGGACAAGAUGUCGGCGACGACGACGGACGUUCCGACUCUUAUGUACCCUCUAUGAUCGAAUCCAUCGCUGAUCGUCCGAGGUCCGCCAGCCCUGCACCGUCGGAUCUGCUACCCCGAGUCUUCUUGGGCGAUCCUGAAGAAGAUCGCGACAUCAUACCGCUUGUCACCAUCUCCUUGGAUCUACUGGAAGUCGGCGAAGUAAAUGAUCCGAUGGCGUUCCUGAAAGAAAUUAAGGAGAUCGAGCGGCUCGUUUUGGAGCAUCGAAGCAGACAUCCUCGCGCUGAAUGGAAUCACUGCGAAUCCACUCACGCUGCAAGCAUCGACAUGUCUUGGGUCGACGUUACUUUAGAUGCCCCAUCAAUCCUUGAGCAAAGGGAUACCACCUCACGGAAGCGGAGAACACUACCUGAUCUCUGUGAUGCGGCGAAGUUCAAACUGAGAACUCGCUUCGUAUCGAAUAUACUUUUGACCUGGAGUAGUGUCCUAUGACCGUCACAUCUAUAUUUGAGUCGCUGUAUUUCUGUAGCUGUAACCUGUAGUGACGAGCAAGCUCGUCAUGGCGCAUCAUGCCACUAUACCAACACAUAGCCUAAUUGAUUGUUCUUAUGAGAGUAAGCCGCUGC